AUGUUAUUCAACAAAGUCAUUACUCUCUCUGCCCUCACUACCCUUGCUGCCGCCACAGCCAUCCCACGCACCGACGGUGGAGGUGGAGGUGAUAGUGGUACCGUUUGUUGCGAGCAGGUCCAAUCGGCAUCGACCGUCGAAUCGGGUCCUUUGGGACCGCUUUUGACCCUGCUCGGGAUCGCCCUGGGCCCCCUCGACGCCCUCGUCGGCCUCAACUGUAGCCCCAUCACUGUCAUUGGCGGCCAAAACGGUGCAUGCUCUACUGGAACUACUGAAGUCAAUUGCACCGACAAUAGCCAUGGAACUCUCAUCAGCAUCGGAUGUCUUCCCGUCACCACCUAA